AUGGAUUUUUUACAGGCUGAAAUUGCAAAAAAAAGAAAACAGGUGGAGGAAUUAACUGUGGAAAAAAAGAAAAAAUUUUUUAAAAGAAGUGAAUUAUAUGGUGAAUCUCCAACAACAAGUGACUGUGAAGAUGAACCUCAAAAAGAUGAAAAUAAUGAAAUUUCAUUUGAUGAAGUAUGUAAUCGUUUAAGAUAUUUCAAAGAGCCAAUAAAAUUUUUUGGUGAAACAGAAAGUGAUAUAAGAAAACGUUUAAUAGAAAUUGAAAAAAAUGGUUUAGAAGUUCCUGAAACUAUUAAGAAAAAAUCAAGUUUUGAGGUAAUAAAAACUUCUGAUAAUCUUAAUAAUGAAGAUGAUGAUAAAAAAUAUAAUGUUAUAUAUAAUGAGGGUAAAGAUUUAAAAUGGGAAGAUAUUGAGGAAGAGGCAAAAUUAUUGGGAGAAAAUGAUGUUACUGAUUGUAAAGUUAUAGCAGAUUUUAUAAGAAGUUAUGAGGAGAAAUCAUCAACUGAAGGUAGAUUUCAGGCAUCAAUGCACAAAGAAACUGUGACACAUGUCAAACCAUUAUUAAAAGAUGUUGAUAAUCGGAGUAUCAAAAGUAGUAUAAGGCAACAUCUUGCUGUUAUUUGUAGAUAUGUUAUUGUUGAAAAAGAUCAAAUUAAAGCAAAUAAUGCUUAUAUGGAAAUGGCAAUUGGAAAUGCUCCAUGGCCUGUUGGUGUUACAAGAUCUGGUAUCCAUCAAAGACCAAGUUCGAGUAGGAUGUAUGUAUCUAAUAUAGCACAUGUUCUUAACGAUGAAAAACAAAGAAAAUAUAUUCAAGGACUUAAAAGAUUAAUUACAAAACAAUUUAAAAAUAAUUAA